CCAACUUUGCCAAAUACUGUCACUCUUCGGCUCUCAACAAAUCUCAAAAGCCCUUUACCUUUUUCUGCUUUUUCUCCCUCGAGAACUCCGCUUACUUUCGUUUACUUGUUUCACCCCCAGAUCAGCAGCCAACCCCCACAUCUUCUAUCGGUAAAACAUGUCGACCGUGAGACUUCCUCCCACCUGCAUGUUCAAAGCUGCUCCUCAAACUCAGAAAAAGAGCGCAUUUGUUAAAAUCCCAUCUUCUCUGGGUUCUGUGCGGAGCAUCUCGAAAUCCAUUGGCUUGAAAGCUGACUCUGGUUUUAGAGCAUCAGCAAACGUGUACAAGGUCAAGCUGGUUUGUCCAGAUGGUACAGAACAUGAGUUUGAAGCACCAUCUGAUACAUACAUUCUCGAUGCUGCUGAGGAAGCUGGAGUCGAACUCCCUUAUUCGUGCAGGGCCGGUGCUUGCUCGACUUGUGCUGGUAAGAUAGAGUCGGGCUCUGUCGAUCAAUCUGACGGAUCUUUUCUGGACGACAAUCAAAUGAAAGAGGGUUAUCUGCUUACGUGUGUUUCUUACCCAACCUCUGAUUGUGUGAUCCACACUCACAAGGAGGGUGAUCUUUACUAGGUAUCCGAGUUUAAGUUAUGCUGAUGAUCUUGGUCUAAAGGUAAAGCAGCUAUAUAAUGCUGUUGUCAGAACUAUGGUUAAAUCAAAAACAUGUCUUGUUUCAUAAAAUGCUUAUGUAAUGCAGCCUUCUUCUAAGUGCCUACUGGUUCUGUGUUUAUCCCAAUCAUCCCCUUACACCUUGCUAGUAAUAGAUUGUUUGUUCACCAGUAAAGUUUAUGCUUAAUAAGCGUAACUCUUCCCGUUUUGAAAUAUUUUAUUGUGCUGCAAUUUCUGGA